UUAUUUAUCCCCGUCCAUGAGUCAGAGAGCCACACACACUUCGCCACGCUCUCGAACACACCACCCUCUCAUUUCGUCGGGUUCUGGGAUUCCUCCUCGGGAGCGGACGGAACACACCGUCGCCAUGUCGACGGAGGUGCGGAUGGAGCCCGUGACGGAGAUCCAGUACGGCGGCGUGGGCCGCUGCAAGUGCUCCUUCUGGUUCGCCGUGGCGCACGACGUCCUGGGCCUGGUCAUCAUGAUGAUGGGUGUGUUCGGCGGCUUCGCCAUCCACGACCUGCUCAUCUACGCCGGCUCCAUCAUCCUCUUCUUCAGCCUCAUCUGGUGGGUGUUCUGGUACAGCGGCAACAUCGACGUGCCCCCCGGGGAGCUGGAGGACGACGUGGGCAUGGUGAAGAUGAAGAAAGGCGGGCUGACCGGCGUCGUCAGGAGCAUGUCCAGCCGCGUCUCCAGUGGCCUCCGCAGCUCCUUCCGGAGGACGAGUGGACGCUUCCGGCGGGACGCCCCGGCGGCGGGCGACGAGCCUCAGCACAGGGAGAGCAGGCCCUCCACCGGCAGCCAGAUGAGGAACGUGGAGGUGGCUCUGUCCACCAUCUCUGAGGUCACCGAGUCCACGGCCUCGUGAGGGCGACGCCGUCCCAUGUGACCUGGCUGUGUCUUCAGGUCUCCAGGGAGGGAAAUGGCUUCCAUCGUUUCAGUGCUGGAGACGGCAGGCCGUCCACGGGUCGCCUUAUGGGAAACAUUGACAUGACGUGGCUCUCCAGACUACCGCAGAAGUAACUGAAACCACCGUCUAGGGGGGCGGAUGUCAGCGAUAUGAUAUGAUCUCACUCCGGAAAACAUCUGCCCUCAGAUCUGUGUUCAUCUGGAAAAUGUGUGUCACUAUUCGACGGGUUCCUUCUGGAACCGGGAGAUACUGGUGUGCGGAGCUGUUACUGUAAUGAUUAAACAGUAUCGUGGACAUGGGGACGCUUGGUAAGAUGCACAUGGUCUUAUCUCUGAGAUAAGAACAUAAACUUUGGACACACACGGUGAGUUAAUUUGAGGAAAGUACGGUAACUAAAGCACUCCAAACAUUAUUUCUCUUUCAAAUCGUGUCUGAUUUGUGUGGUAGCUUUUGAACCGUCUGUUCAGUUUGAUAAUGGUAAUUUUUAAGUGAGGACUUUGAUUAAGAGAUAAAAUUGAUAACCAAUAGUCCACUGUCUUAAUGGGUCUGGUCUGUUGGUUAUAAAUAUAUAAAAGGCUGAUCGGUCAUAUGGUCUAUCAGUGAUCAAUCUUUAUCCUUGCAUUUUUCUAGUUAUUCAUUUAUAGACUAUUUUAUACCCGUGACUUCCAUAUGUUUGGUAAAUACCCAGGAUUUAUGCAACCAUAUAUCCAGGGUUUAUGUAACCAUUACCUGUCCCAAGUCUAUUUAUUGUUAUUUUGUCAAUGUUGUCUACCGUCACAUUACUUAAUUGACCAAUACAUUGUACGGUUUAUGUUUUAAAUUAAAAAUGGCAUUAAUGAACUGAUAUUGUACAUUUGUUGUUAUGCAUCUGUCAGAUUUGCGACAACUAUUAUAUUAUUACUGUUUUUAAGACUUUUCCGUUCAUGUUGUAAAAUAAAAAGCUAGCGUUGUACAUAAAGGUUGCAGCUUACUUCCCGUGCAGUCACACCCUUUACCCGCUGGCCUUAACGUGGGAGGGGCCCUCACAAUGUUAUCAGUCAGAAGCUAUUAAUCAUUAUGUGAACUGCAGGUAUGCAAUCUCACUCAAUCUCUUUGUGUUUCAUGCAUCCGAAAAUCUAGUAAAUUGAAUGAUUCCAAACUCCUCUCUAAAUAAAUUGAACUUGGUCAUUUGUACAUUAUCUUUGUUUUUUUUGGAUUGUGUUUGCAUGGCUGCCAUCAGCAAAUUGCUUUAUUACGUGAUAGACAAUUUUUAGACGUAAAACCUACAUUCAUUAUCAUUGUCCCACAAACAUACACACUCUCACACACAUACACACGAUAAUCCUGAGUCAACAAAAUAGAGACAGACAGAUUUAGAUGCAUAAUCUAUGCAUCAAUAAAAAAUAACUAAAACAUGCUCAUAGCACAUGGGGUUGAGCAAACCCAUUUCAACUCAUACCUUUGUUAUUUGUUUUGCAUAAAUAAUUAAU